AUGAUCUCGACAUUCGUGAUUCUUGCUUCUUUGGCUUGUGCUUCCCUCACAGCUCCGGCCACUGGCAGCGCUGAUGCUCCUCUCUGUGAUGUCUCCUCCGCCGUCAUUGAACUAGGAAAUAGCACUCUACCCGCUCCAAAAUUUACACCGACGUUUGUUGGCCUGGGAGUUGGUACUCAAAACUAUACAUGCGCUUCAAGUGGAACAUAUACCAAUGUCGGUGCCCUCGCGGAGCUAUUCGAUAUUUCCUGCUUGUAUGGCCAACCAGGUUUCGAUGAUAUAACAUCUGUCGUGUCUCUUUUUUGGAAUGCUGCUCCUCCAGCUGUCACACCUUCCGAGAUCAUUGCUUUCGGAGAAAAAUACGACCUGUCUUUCGUCCUAGGCGAACACUACUUUGUCGUCAAUCCUGUCACUGGCUCUGGGCUCAAUCCUAAGUGGGACUUUACAUCCCAUGCAUUCGCUGGCAACCCCAAUGCGUAUGUUGUGGGAUCCAAGGUCGAUGACGUCCCCGCCCCUACUGGAUCAUCAGAUAUCGAUUGGCUCUACUUGACAAACUUGACCGGUUCCCUUGCUAAUGAGAUAUAUCGCAUUGAAACCAAGGGCGGCCAACCUCCUGCAUCGGAUAGGAUAGGAUAG